AUAACAGCUCCUGUGUCAAGUUUAUUACAUUCAAUGUUUUAUCAAAAAUACCCUCAUACAACUUUCCGGAUGUUUUCCCAAUUCGGUGAAACGGCAAGGUCAACGCCACAUCUCCUCCUAACCAGACUUCUGAACAGUUGGCUAGUUCUUGCUGUUGUAAGCUGUGAGCGGUAGAUUUAUUAUAUUUUUUUUUUUUGGACAAAGCAUUGAAUUUAAUAAACUUUCUGCAGGGUGGAGCUGUUACUGGAGCAGGGUAGAGUGGAUUUGUUGCUAAACAUUUGUUACAGUUAAUUUAACUAGAGAAUGAUGUCAGCAAACACAAUCAAUAUCACACAAGCAGUGGCCUAACUGGCCAUCCCACAAUUUCUUUCUGUGGUCAUGGGGCCAUCUUGGGACUGCUGACACCUGAGGUAGAAGCCUAAAUGAUGCCCCUGUCUCCCAUUUCAUGCUUGAAACUUCAUUGGUGGAGGAAGUGGCAGAACUAGUGGGUAUGUGACUGCACCAAGGCCUGCACCCCCUCGUGGCCCACCGCCGGUCAUCUCACAGCCAUAUACAGAAAUACAGUACAUAGUAGAAACGAAAUAACGUUCCUCCAGAACCCAUGGUGCUAUACAUAAGGCUAUACUGGGUACAUCAAGUGGGAGUUUUUGAAAGGAACAACCCUAGCAGGUACACGGCCCCGCUGAGCAAGAUGGACAUACAGGAGAGACACUGUGGGUGUUGGUUCUGCUGCUGACAUGGACUCCCUGGAUCCCCGCCUGCAAAGUUUCCCAGUGGUUCGGUUGGAGAGAUUACAGUUCCAUUCUGGGAAAUAUAAGACAAUGUCUGAAGAUUUUAAAGGGAAAGCACAACAAAAUAUGAUUGGGCUUCACAUGGGUUUCCCAUUGGUUCGGUUGGAGAGAUUACAGUUCCAUUCUGGGAAAUAUAAGACAAUGUCUGAAGAUUUUAAAGGGAAAGCACAACAAAAAAUGAUUGGGCUUCACAUGGGUUUCCCAGUGGUUCGGUUGGAGAGAUUACAGUUCCAUUCUGGGAAAUAUAAGACAAUGUCUGAAGAUUUUAAAGGGAAAGCACAACAAAAAAUGAUUGGGCUUCACAUGGGUUUCCCAGUGGUUCGGUUGGAGAGAUUACAGUUCCAUACUGGGAAAUAUAAGACAAUGUCUGAAGAUUUUAAAGGGAAAACACAACAAAAAAUGAUUGGGCUUCACAUGGAGAACAAAGAGGAGAGGAGGAGACUCAGCGCUGCUGGAUACAGACUGGUUCCAUAUGGAUCAGAAAUCACAAAGAUGAAUGGAGAGAGGAGAGAAGGGCUUGGUGUGAGGAACCAGACAGGAAGUGACACAAACAGGAAGUCCUCUACAUGUAAUGCCAGAUCUGCCCACAGUAACCAACCUCCGAUGCUUCAGAAACCUCACACCAAGGAGACGACUUCUGCCCCAAAAGCACAACAGAACCGAAUGCUCCAACUUUGUUCAGUAACAGGGGGGAAGCUGCUUUUAACCCACCGAUUAACAAAACACACACAGCCUGACGCUGAGGAAAAGCUUUGUGAAAGUCAGAAAAAGAUCAAUAAUAUUCCAGGCAAAACCCAAAAUCAGACAAGGAAAGCAUUUGGUAAAAGCACCAAACAAAAUGUACUCCCUAAAUCAUUCAGAAUUAUAAAUCCCUUUGUCUGUAUUAAGUGCAAGAGACGAUUCGGCAGCAAUGGGAACCUCCUCAUCCAUCGGCGCAUUCACACAGAGAGACCCUUCUCUUGCGCUGAUUGUGGUAAAUGUUUCUCACACAGAACCAUCCUCCGACAGCACCGCCGGGUUCAUACGGGAAAGGGACCCUUCACCCACAGCACUGGGGGCAAUAAAAUGUCAUCAGGUAAGGGCAACAUUCACAGGCACCAAGGGACGGGUGCUAAAGAGAAACCAUUGCCCUGCACUGAGUGUGGCAAAUCAUACAAAACAAAAACAACUUUGCGCAUUCAUGAACGCACACACACCGGAGAGAAGCCUUAUGUUUGUACCAAAUGUGGUAAAGGCUUUUCCCAGAACGGGGCGCUUAGUAGACAUUCAAUUAUUCAUUCUACAAAGAAACCUUUUAUCUGCAAAGAGUGUGGGAAAAUAUUUAUAACAAAACAACUUUUGCACGAGCACUUCCUGAUUCACACAGGAGGGAAACCAUUUGCCUGUCCUGAAUGUGGGAAACGUUUCAGACUAAUGGAGUUUCUUACAUGUCACCUUCGGACUCACACUGGAUCAAAGCCAUACUCCUGUCCCGAAUGUGGGAAACGUUUUGUGUCCAGGGGAAAUUUUCAUCGACAUCGUCGUCUUCACACUGGGUAUAAGCCUUUUUCCUGCACAGAGUGUGGGAAUUGUUUUGCAACAAAGGUCCAACUGCAAAGGCACCACCUCUUACACACUGGGGAGAAACCAUUUGUGUGCAAAGAGUGUAAUUCAAGUUUUGCCAGGUUAGCGAACCUUAGAUCACAUGAAUAUCUUCACACAGGAGAGAAACCGUAUAGAUGCACAGAGUGUGGAAAAUGUUUCCGUCAUAAGAGCCAUCUCACUUCUCAUAUGAAGAUUCACACUGGGAUUAAAGCAUUUGUCUGUACAGAGUGCGGGAAACAGUUCACUCACAAACACAGCCUCGGCCAACACCAAAUGAUGCACACCGGUGAGAAACCUUAUGUCUGCAAUGAGUGUGGGAAAAGCUACAGGCAGAAGAGGAGCCUAAAUGCUCAUGUGCGGAUUCAUACAGGAGAGAAACCCUUUGCCUGCACAGAGUGCAAUAAAACCUUCCUAUCAAAGAUUUGGCUCCAGUCCCACAAACAGACUCACACUGGUCUGAAGCCCUAUCAGUGUAAUGAGUGUGGUAAAUCCUUCUUAAUGAAGGGAAAUCUUAAGGUUCAUCAGCAGAGACAUACAGGAGAGAAACCUUACACCUGUCCCGAAUGUGGCAAAAGUUUUACCACUAAGGAAACCUUAAAUCGACACUGUGACACUCACACCGGGGAUAAGCCUUACCCCUGUACAGAGUGCGGGAAAUGUUUUCAACAAAAGUAUGAACUGAAAUGCCACCAAUAUGUCCAUACUGGGGAGAAACCAUUUGAUUGUACAGAGUGUGGGAAAAGCUUUGCAAUUCGUUCAAUCCUCAAUAGCCACCAAAAGAUUCACAAGGGAAAAAAACAUUCCAGUGAACACAAUGUAGAAAGUGCUUCGGUCGUAGAUAUUGUUUGAAAUCUCAUCAGCUGACUCACACUGGGAUUAAAUCAUUUGGAUUCACAACUGUGAGAGACAAUUCCUGAACAAGAAAAGCCUUGGGCACCACCUGAUGAUGAGAAACCAUUUGUCCGCAUCGAUUAUGGGAAAUGUACAAGAGCAAGUAGAACCAAAAUACUCAUCUUCUCACACAGGAGAGGGACCCUGAACAGGAAAAACUUUCCAAACACAGAUGGAGUCAGUGGCCACAUAUUACUUCAUACAAGCAAUGGCCUAACUGGCCCACAAUUAUUUUUUUCUUUGCCCCCCAUGAGUGACUUGAUAUUGCAGGUCACCCACAAUUUCAUAUGUAUUUCUGGUCACCCACAAUCCCUCACAUUGUUGCUUUUAUUGGGGAAGCAGACCUAGGCCACCCUUUCUCUAUAGUAGGGGUCCCCAAUCUUUUUUACCCGUGAGCCACAUUCAAAUGUAAAAGGAGUUGGGGAGCAACACAAGCAUGAAAAAGUCCCUUGCGGUGCCAAAUCGGGGCUGUGAUUGGCUAUUAGUAGCCC